AUGGCUCCUAUCUCAACUCAAGACAUUACAAAUGGCGUCAACGGAAUCAAUGGCCAUGCAGGAGGCAUGGCUACCUGGGGCUCGAGACGUCCCACGCGCAAGUUGUGCCCGCAUGAAGACUUGCGCUUCGAUCCGAAGCUGAUGCCCAAGAAAUACAAGAUAGCUGGAACCUCGCCAGACUCCAAAAUUCUAUUCCUUGACGUAAACAUUAUCGAUUCCACCGGAGCUGAUCCAUACCGGGGCGAUGUGUACAUUGAAGGCGAGCGUAUCCGAUACGUCGGAACCGUCCCAAAUGUCAACCGCCUCCAGCGAGACCCGAAAGUCAAGGUUAUCCGAGGUCGGGGUCGUACGCUGAUGUCAGGUUUGGGAGAUGCACACACUCAUUUCACAUGGAAUAAUGGCGCUCUUUCAAACCUCGGUGAGAUGGGGGUAGAGGAACACACCAUCCUGACCGCCAAGUCUGCACAGGCAUACUUGGACUCCGGAUAUACAAUGUGCUAUGGCGCGGCAUCAGCUAAGGACCGUCUCGAUUGCGUGAUCCGAGAUGCCAUCAACAGAGGCGACCUUCCAGGACCGAGAUAUAUGGCCAAUGGCAAAGAGAUGGCUCGCAGAAAUGGCGAGCUCGAGCCUGGUAUCACUGCAUUUGCGGAUGGUCCACUGGAAAUGAGGGAAGUUAUCCGACAUCACGUUUCCAUUGGUGUGGACCAAAUCAAGCUAAGCAUGUCUGGCGAAGAGAUCCUUGAGACUCGAUCAGCGCAAGAUUGCUAUUUCACAGAGGAGGAAACGGCAGCAUGCGUGGACGAAGCACACCGUCACGGAAUUAAGGUAAGUUCACAUGCGCGAUCCCGGGACUCGGUGAUGCAAUGUCUGAAAUACGGCGUCGAUGUGAUUUACCAUGCCAGCUACAUUGACGAGGAGGGCAUGGAUCUGCUUGAAAAGAACAAACACAAGCAUGUUGUGGCGCCCGGUCUCAACUGGUUGUGGGCGACAAUCUACGAAGCUGGUCCUUUCGGCUAUUCGUUCGAAAAGGCAGAGCAAGUGGGCUACAAGAAGGAACUGGAAAUCGCAAUUAGAGCUCUCAAGGAGAUGCACGAACGAGGCAUAACUGUUCUUCCUGGCGGAGACUACGGAUUUGCCUGGACGCCGCACGGAACUUACGCGAGAGACCUGGAACAUUUCGUGAAGCUGCUGGAUUUCACGCCCAUGGAAGCCAUUAUCGCAGCAACGGCUGGCGUGGCUUCGCUCUUUGACCCUUCAGAGCUGGGCAAAAUCCAGCCUGGUUACUAUGCCGACUGCAUUCUUGUGGACGGCGAUCCGCUGAAGGAUAUCUCUAUCCUCCAGGACCAUGACAAGCUGAACGUGAUCAUAAUCAACGGCCGGAUCCACAAGGCGUCGUACAAGGAGUUCCUGUCUGUUCAGCCAGAGCUUAUCCCGCCUCCGAGGCAGACCUUCACCAACUUCGUGGCGUAUGCGGAUAAUCUUGGUCGGCCCCGGAUUGGACACCUGGAUCUGGACCAGUCCACUAUCACCCCUCUUACGAUGGCCUCUGGAAGUCCUAUCAGCAAUUUAUAUGAAGUCAUCGAGCUGGGGAAUGAAGUGGUGCCUUCAGAGGAGACCCUGCCGUUGAACAGCGUCCAACUGCUGCCGCCGAUCAGUGGUCGUGACGUCUUAGCCGUGGGGAAGAAUUACCCAGAGCACGCUACGGAGUUUAACAGGAGCGGCUAUGAUUCGAGUGACAAGGUCGAUCAACCAUCCCACCCAGUUAUUUUCACCAAGCGAAGCACCAGCAUCAUAGCCUGUGGAGAGGAGAUCUAUCCUCAUCCAGAGUUUACACAGACACUGGAUUAUGAGGGUGAAAUUGGUGUCAUUAUCGGCAAGGCUGGCUACAAGAUUGACGAGAAGGAUGCUAUGGACUAUGUGUGGGGAUAUACAAUUAUCAAUGAUGUCACUGCCAGAGAGAGGCAACGCGAUCACAAGCAGUUCUUUAUUGGCAAGUCUGCAGACACGUUCUGUCCAAUGGGCCCAAUAGCGGUACCAGCCGCCAAUCUACCAGAGACACUUCGUGUCCAGACAUUCGUCAACGGACAGAAGCGUCAAGAUGGCACUACAAAGGAUCUUAUCUUCUCUGUUGCCAAGCUAGUGAAGACUAUCUCUGAAGGGAUCACUCUCCAGCCAGGAGAUGUCCUCGCAACUGGCACGCCCGCAGGCGUAGGGUUCGGACAGGAUCCUCCAACCUUCCUGAAACCUGGAGAUAUAGUUGAGGUGUCGGUCACCGGCUUAGGACGUCUUCGCAAUCGCGUUGCUGAUGCUUCUUCUGCAAACUAUGCCGCAGAGCGCAUCUCGACCGUCACCAAUCUCCCGACAUAUAAUCUCGAAAUUACAUGCGGUGGAGUCGGCUUGACACAGAUCGGCGACAAGUUCAUCAAUGUGAAGAAGGUCGGCAACGGUUCGGAGAAGAUCGUAUUCGUUCAUGGCCUUGGAGGCACCACAGAGUAUUGGACACCCUUGAUUGAAUCCGCAGGGUUGAAGGACAACUAUACCUGUUACGUGUAUGAUCUCGAAGGCCAUGGCCUGACUCCGACAAAGUCGUCGUCCGUCGUCACUAUGGACACCUUCGCGGAGGAUCUGGCUGGGAUCUUCGCCCACGCGAACAUCACUUCCGACAACGGCGGCGCCAUCCUUGUCGGUCAUUCCCUAGGCUGUCUGAUCGCCAUGACAUUCGCGGUGCGGAAUCCAUCACUUGUCAAGAAGCUCAUUCUCACGGGGCCUGGACCGUCCCCAUUCCCUGCAGCCGCCAGCGAAGCAACAUACAAACGAGCAGCCGCCGUCCGCGCACACGGCAUGCUGGCGUCCGGAGUUGCCGACGCAGUGAGCAACGCAGCCACGUCUCAGAAGACGAAAACAUCCCGCCCAGUGGCAUACGCCGCCGUACGGUCUUCUCUUCUCGCCCAGAUCCCAGAAGGCUACGCAAAGGCAUGCACGGCCCUCGCCGGCUCGAAGGACACGGAGAUCGAGAUCGAGAAGCUGACCAUGGACACGCUCAUUCUCACCGGCGACGAAGACAAAGUUUCGCCGGUAGAUCUGGUUAAGAAGAUGAAGAGUAGGAUGAAGAACGCGAGGGUGGAGAUCCUGAACGACGUUGGGCACUGGCACAUCUAUGAGGAUCCGGAGGGCGUCGCUCGUGCUGUGAAGGCAUUUUUGUGA